GUGUGUAUGGAUGCAAAUCAUUAAGAAAUUUGGAAAAAUUUUGUGUUAGUUCGUGUUAUCUUUUAGCUCGGUGGAAUAUUUCAGAAUAUCUAUAGGCUACGGAGAUCAAAGUGGACAAUGAACGAAUAUUGGAAGCAAUUUUUUCGCAAAACUCCUAACACUGUUGCCAGCAAUGCAUAGGGCAGCUUCGCGCUGAGUUAUUUUGCUGUAUCGGCCGGGCUCAGAAAGGAUGGAGAUCCAGACCCAUCCCUCACUGCGCGGUGGACCCAACCACCACCUGGUCCCCGGCCCGGACCCCCGCACCCAGCGCUCCCAGCGCUUCCGAAGCUUCAUGAUGGAGGAGAUUCUGACUGAGCGCCCGGGCUACAAGACGUCCGCUCCCGCGGGGGGGCUCCUCAAGUUCGGAGUACAGGCUCUUUUAUCCACAAGACCCUACCAUUUGGUGUUCAAAUCGGAGCAAAGCAGUGUGUUCAAGCUGCCCUUGCCCCCGGUCUCCUGCCCCUUGGCCUCGCCCUUCGCGUCCACGCUCUUCUCCAGACCCCCGCUUCUCCAGGCCACCGCGGGCACCCGCCACAUGGCCCUGGAUCUUCGUAAUCUUCAUCACCUCCAUCAUCAUCAUCAUCAUCAACAUCAUCGGGCCAAACUGGAGGCCGGAGCGGACGGAGAGAACAAGCUGAAGAAAGGCAGAAGGAGCCGCACCGUGUUCACAGAACUGCAGCUGGUGGGCUUGGAGAAAAGAUUUGAGAAGCAGAAGUAUCUCUCCACACCAGACAGAAUAGACCUGGCCGAGUCGCUUGGUUUAAGUCAGCUGCAAGUGAAAACGUGGUAUCAGAACAGGAGAAUGAAGUGGAAGAAAAUUGUGUUGCAGGGCGGCGGUCUGGAGUCGCCCACCAAGCCCAAAGGUCGACCCAAGAAGAACUCGAUUCCCUCGGGCGAUCGGCUGUCGGAGCGCGAGAGCGCCGGACACUCGGACGCUCAGUCGGACACGCACACGGGGACAAUGGACCAACAGAGACCCGACACGGGCAAUGGACCGUACCCAGCAGCUCCCUGAAGUACCCGAGACAAUUGUGCCGCACCUGCUCAGCUUCUCUUACUUGGGGCCAUUGGUGAUUGGGACCAGACCCAGCAAUGUACUGGACUGCUGCCUCCUUCGGAACACUCGGACCGAGCGAGUGACCUGUGCGUCGACCUGUGCUUCAGAGGAGCUUCCUUCGUGUUCCCAAUCGAUUUUCCACAAGGGCCGAAAGAAAAAGGUGAGAAUGAAACACAGAACUUUGCAUGUAACA